GAAGGUGGGGCGUUAGAGAGACUCAGGAAAUAAUUUGUUAUCCGUUUAUUUUCCACAUAACUCGUAUCAGCAGCAACGUACAGUGCUCUGUAAACGCGGCCCGUGUCUGUAAGGAGCUUUCAUGGUAGCCCAACAGAUGCACAAAUGAAGAAAAAGCCCUGUAAUCCUCUGCGUCCCAAACGCAGCAGGCAGGUCAGUGCCAGCAAUGAAUGUGCUACAGAGCCAGGCACUGCCCUGGGCUCCAACGCCCCACCAAACCCUGAAACCGCCUCAGAAUCAACCUCACAAAUCAGGCACCUGGCUAUGUCACAGCACAGUCACAACCUCCUCAAGUUUUUGAACGAGGACCGGAUCCGACAGAGGUUCUGUGAUGUGUCGGUGUCUGUGGGUGGGAAGGCCUACAGUGCCCACAAGGUGGUGUUGGCCCACGGGAGCAGCUACUUCCACGCUGAGCUGUCCAAGAACCCUGCUGCAACGCAUGUGACUCUGGACCAUGUUGAGGACUCAGUUUUCCAGCACCUGCUUGGCUUUUUGUACACCUCUGAGUGUGUUGUCACGGAGACGGACCUCCCAGCUCUAGCUGAAGCGGCCCGAUUCCUGGACAUGAUGGAUAUACUAAAGCUCCUGUAUGAAGAAGGGGACGGCAACCCAGUAUGUGUGAUCCAGGCGCAAGAUGAGAUAAGAGGGUCUCCUGAAGUGGAAAUGGCCUCCAGUGACUCACCAGUAGGGGACACAGACGUCCAGAGCCCAUCUGAUGUUCAGUGCACCAUGUGCAGUCGCCAGUUUAGCACUGAAAACUCCCUGCAGAUCCACUUGGCUGAGAGCCACACUGAUGUACAGCAAGAAACCUCAGCUGAGAAGGGGAAGACGGUAGGUCAGACGACUGCUACCACACGGAGAUCAGCUCGCAGGAGGAGGGCACCCACCAAGUAUCAGAGAGACAAUGAGGAGUACGCUAUCAACACUCCUGGGGAAAAACAAAGGACUGUAUCACCAAGAGAGCAAGAUGAAGAGAGAGGGGAAGAAGCAGGAAAGAAGGUGUUCAUGGAAAACCAAGCACCAAAAAGUGAUGUAAAGGAGACAUGUAAACCGGCACAGGGGGGAGAUGUAGUGGAGGAAGAGGAGGAGGAGGAAGAGGAGGGAGACGUGAGUGAGGACGUGGUUGCUCAGAGGAAAGUUGUUGAAGUUUGCGCAGCAGACAGGGGUGCAGGUCAUCAGGGUUCAGGUGUAGAAGGGGUGGAGCAACAGGCUGUUCGAGAGACGGAGGUGCAUGUACCAGCAGCAGGAAGCUCCACGCAGAGUCCAGUGUACCCUGAGGGUCUGGCUCCAGUCAUCAUACAGACCUCCAGCAAGAAGACCCUCAAGUGCCCCAAAUGUGACAAGACCUUUGACCGUGCAGGGAAGUAUGAGAGUCACACCAGAGUGCACACAGGAGAGAAACCGUUCCAGUGCGACAUCUGUCUUCAGCGCUACUCCACGAAGUCUAACUUGACCGUACACAAGAAGAAACACGCCAGCGAUGCUCCCUUCCAGAAGAAGGAGCACAAAUGCCCCUUCUGUAGCAAACUCCAUGCCAGCAAGAAAACCCUGGCCAAGCAUGUGAGGAGAUUUCAUCCAGACCACAUUCAAGAGUUUCUUACCAAGAGGAAGAGGAAGAGUGAAGGCUGGAAAUGUGCUAUUUGUCUGAAGACCUUCACCCGCAGACCUCAUCUGCAGGAGCACAUGAUCCUGCACACCCAAGACCGCCCUUUUAAAUGCUCCUUCUGUGACGAAUACUUCAAGUCCAGGUUUGCCAGGCUGAAGCACCAAGAAAAGUACCACUUAGGUCCUUUUCCCUGUGAGAUUUGUGGCCGACAGUUUAAUGACACAGGCAACAGAAAGAGGCACAUUGAGUGCACGCAUGGAGGCAAAAGAAAGUGGACCUGCUUUGUUUGUGGGAAAUCAGUAAGGGAAAGGACAACCUUGAGAGAGCACCUGAGGAUCCACAGUGGGGAGAAACCUCACCUCUGUAGUAUCUGUGGCCAAAGUUUCCGCCAUGGCAGCUCCUACAGGCUCCACCUCAGAGUUCACCAUGACGACAAGCGCUAUGAGUGUGACGAAUGCGGGAAAACCUUCAUACGCCACGAUCACCUGACCAAACAUCAGAAAAUACACUCUGGUGAGAAAGCACACCAGUGUGAAGAAUGUGGCAAGUGCUUCAGGCGACAUGAUCAUCUGACGGUCCACUACAAAAGCAUUCAUUUGGGAGAGAAAGUGUGGCAGAAGUAUAAAACUGCUGUGCAUCAGUGUGAAGUUUGCAAGAAAGAAUUUAAAGGGAAGUCCAGUCUAGAAAUGCACUUCAGGACCCACUCAGGCGAGAAACCCCACAGAUGUCCUGAGUGCAACCAGACAUUUCGGAUCAAGAAGACCUUGACAAAGCACAUGGUGAUUCACUCAGACGCUCGGCCUUUUAACUGCCCCCACUGCAGCGCCACCUUUAAAAGAAAAGACAAGCUCAAGUACCAUGUUGACCACGUGCACAGCACCCGGUUUACUGAGCAGCCCCUCGGCACCCUCAGUGAGGACAAAAUAGUUUCAAUUCCUUUCGAGGAACCGUCUAAGGUGUACCGCGCUGAACCUAAGUCAGCCCUCCAGAGCACCGCCCCUCCUACACAUGUCUGCGUGCCCGUCACUUUAGUUCCUGUCCAGAUGGCGGGAGGAGCGCAGGGCGACUUGAACGCUCACAGGGCCUCGUCUCUCACCUCCCAACCUCACAGCGUUGUGAGCAUGCAGGCUCAAGGACAGCAGCAGAACCCUGGCUAUCAGGCCGCCACGGACCUAGCGUUCUUAGAGAAGUACACCCUCAACCCUCAGCCCGCCAACAUCGUCCACCCUGUGAGGCCCGAUCAGAUGCUGGAUCCCCGUGAGCAGUCCUACCUGGGCACGCUGCUGGGACUGGAUUCAGCUUCCUCUGUGCAGAACAUCUCUAACUCUGAUCACACACACUGACGCCCCUCUGCCAAAAAACUGGGCCUUUAAGGCUCAGUCUUACAAACUUCAUCAUCAUUCAUUAGAAGAACAGAGCAUCAGUAUUCAGUAUCCACGACAACAGAGGGCAGUUAUUGUCAGGAAAAUACAAAUUUAAAAUGUUACUGAAACCAAGGCUGCCGGGUUUUUUUUCAGCGUAUGAAAUGAAAUUUCUGUUUUCCACAAGCAAAUGUUUGAUGAUUUUAUUCAGUAUGUGUUACCACCCCGAUUCCAAAAAACGAAAUGUUUAGAAACAUAACGCCCAUGCAGUAACAUCCUUUAUCCAAUCAUGUGUUCACAAAGUGGUGAACCUCGCUCCAUCCUCGCUUGUGAACAGCUGAGCCUUUCCAGGAUGCUCCUUUCACACCCAAUCAUGAUACUAUC